ACUACCCUGCCAGUGUAGGUGGCAGCGAGAAGCUGGGGCCUACUCCCCAGAGCCUUUGGAGCAGAUCACAGAGCUUUGGAGCCCUAUGUCGCUGGCCCCCCAGAACCCAAGACAUGGCAGAUGGGGCGCAGGCCAACCCCAAAGGGUUCAGGAAGAAGGCGCUGGUUAGACACCCCUCUGGAUGGAGGGGUUCAAAUCUCAGGGCCUCUUUGUCUUCGAGGACCUCCAGGUCUAGCCUGGCUAUGAAGCUCUUCACCAUCGCCAUCCUGGCUGGCAGCCUCCUGCCCGCGGCGCACGGCAGCCUGUUCAACCUGAAGUCCAUGGUGGAAGCCAUCACCGGGAAAAGUGCCAUCCUGUCCUUCGUGGGCUACGGCUGCUACUGCGGGCUGGGGGGUGGCGGCCAGCCCAUGGAUGAAGUGGACUGGUGCUGCCACGCCCAUGACUGCUGCUACCAGAAGCUCUUCGACCAGGGCUGCCACACCUACGUGGACCACUACCAGUACACCAUCGAGAACAACUCCACGAUCAUCUGCAGAGACCUCAACCUGACGGAUUGCGACAGGCAGACCUGUGAGUGUGACAAGAGUGUGACUCUGUGUUUCCAGAAGCAUAAUUACAAUGAGAAGCAUCGCAACUACCUCAAUAUCUACUGCCAGGGCGCCACCCCCAACUGCAGCAUCUAUGAGCAGCCCCGGGGGAGCCCCACCUCCUCAACACCCCGUGCACCCUGCAGCCCCACCUCCCAGGCACCCCCUGCACCCUGCGGCCCCACCUCCUUGGCACCCCCUGCACCCUGCAGCUCGACUUCCUCAGCACCUCCUGCACCCUGUGGCCCGACCUCCCCAGCACCCCUCGCACUGCCCUAGCAUCCUCUGGGCUCUGACAGAGAAGAGGGGUGGCAGUUCCUGCUCUGGGGACCAGACACGUGGAGCAGGAAGAGGUGGGGAUGGAUCAAGAGCCUGCGGGCUGCCCUGCCACCUCCUCCCUGGAGCUCUCCGGCAAGGCUGGCCCCCAGAGGAUGCAGGAAGGCCUGGGCCCUGACUGUGGCCACCCAGCUCCUCCAGUCCAGCCCUGAGCACGGCUGUGCCCUGCUGUUGGUCCUGAACUUGGCAGGGAACGUAUGGCUAGUUGGGGUCCCUUCCGAAUAUGGAAGACAAGGUCUGAGAGAGAGGCCUCAGGCCCCUGGGCCCCUGACAAACACGGGAGAAGACAGGGCCCAGCUUCAGCCUCUUCCCCUGCGCCUCCCCUCACGCAGCAGCUAGGCCAGUGGGUGGAAAGGCCUUAGGCCCGGGCAAAGAAGGGCUAAAGGUUGGGACCCACCUGGGUGAACAGGGACACAAAAGCCCAGGUGGGAAGCUGGGAAGAUUCAGGAAGGCAGGAGGGAGGGAGCAGACUGGGGGGAGCGGGGAGGGUGGAGAGGAGGUGGGAGAAGGGGAGACAAGGGGAGGGUCAGAGGUCUAGACCAGACGUGUGGCACUGGGUGGGGUAUCUGGAAUCUCUGAAGGGGGAAAGGGGGAGCAAGGGCCACGUUUUCUGAGGAAGGGGCUCCUUGUUCCUGUACUCUGGAGGUUCCCUCCUCCCUUUGGGCUCCUUCCAAGUUAGUGAGGUCUGCAGGGCUCGGGCCUGAGGAAGGGGCUGCGCUUGCUUCGAGUUGCUCUGGGGGCUGCACUGACAAGGAGCCCCUCCUUGACCAGACUUUAGUUGGGCUCCUUGAGACCUCUGACCAACCGUUGGGUUUCCAGGCCCAUCUUGGCAUCAGCAGUUUUAGCAAGAACGCUGCGGGGUAAAGGUAGUGAGAAUCCCCGGCCACCCUCCACAUCUGACCAGAUUCCACAUCCGCCCCGCCCCCGCAGGCACUGUCUCACCGCCCCGCCCCGGCCUGCCUUCAGCGAGAAUCCUACUAGGUCAGUUUAGCAACCAACUCUCUGCUCCUCUUGGCUAUAAAUCCCCACUUAAGAAAAACAAGGGUCUGUAAUUGUCCUGUUAAGAAUUGAGCCCUGUUCUAUACUGGCCCCUGUUGCAAUAGUCUUGAAUAAAAUCCGUUUCUACCAAUUAAA